GCACGCUCCAACUGUCAACUCAUCUGUCAAAACGCGGCACUUUAAAAGUGAAGGUGACAGCUAGCUUCAAUGCUCCAUGAUGAUGUUCUACACUCAGCUCUUCACCUCCAAGCGGGGGCCACUAGCCAAAAUUUGGCUAGCAGCCCACUGGGAAAGGAAACUCACCAAGGCCCAUGUAUUUGAAUGUAAUUUAGAAACAACCAUCAAAGACAUCAUUUCACCUAAGAUGAAAAUUGGUUUGCGGACCUCUGGUCAUCUGCUCAUUGGUGUGGUCCGGAUCUACUCCAAGAAAACAAAGUAUCUCCUCGCAGACUGCAAUGAUGCCCUGGUUAAAAUUAAAAUGGCAUUCAGGCCAGGUCAGACAGAUAUGCCUGUGGAGGGGCUCGAGGCAACAAUUAAAGCAAUUACCUUGAUUGAAGAUUUCUCUGCCUUUGAUACCGAGGUGCCAAACCCAAGUGACAUAGAUGUUGUGGACCACUUUUCACUGAACCAGUGUCGAUCAGAGGAUAUCACUCUGAAAGAGGAUUUUGGAAAUGGAUUCCUGAGCUUUAUAGACUUUGGAGAUGAGUCCCAGAGCCACCAGAAUGGGCUGCUGGAUAUGAACUUCCAGAGCCUGGCUCAACAUGGAGACACAUUUGGGGAUGAGGAUAAAGGAUUUGACCUACUCGACUUUCUGACAAACUCCAGUGAUAACGCUGCAUCCACCGACUUCAUCCCAGAGGAGCCUCCUAAUGAAAAUCCGGAGAUCUCUACACCCAGAUAUCAACAAGAUGCUGAUAGAAAGGAGAUGGAGACCCCUACAGUGGAUGAGACCACCCUGCUCGCUAACGAGAAGGAGGCGUUUGCUCUUGAACCUGUGGCCAUCACUCCAAACUCAGAGAAGAAGCGGGGGAAGAGGAAACGCAAGUUGGUUGUGGACCAGACUAAAGAGCUAACCAAUGAAUUCAUCAAAAAGCAGCUGUUUGACUAUUCAGAUCUGAUUGCCCCCUUGGACAUGGCCCCACCAACCUUGCAGCUCAUGCAGUGGAAGGAGAGCGGCAGUGCAGACAAACUCUUUACGCAGCCAUGUUCGACUGUAGCAACUCCACAAAUAAAGGAGCUCCUCGCUAAAAGUAUCUUCCAGAUGAAAUUGAGUGUGCGUGAAGAGGAUGAGGUGAUGCGCCAGGGUGGACAAGAAGAUCAGAGGGACAUAAGUGCCCUCACCACAGACGUCAGUGUCGUAGACUCAUCAGUAGGUCCUGAAAGAACUCGCAACACUGAGCUGAUGGACUUCGAUCAUGUGAAUUACAACCAACAUGAGAAUAAUUCAGAUCUCACACAAGAUGAAAACAGGUCGGACUUCACUCACCCAGAGCUUCCAUCCGAAGACUCCAUGUUUGUCCAUCCUUCUUGCAUGCAGGAGGAGACUCAGUCAACUUCUCUCCACACUCAGUCUCUGCUGGACAGCCAGGACUUAAAGGAGAGGAGAGAAACCAGGCGUGCACAGAAGCUUCUGAACACUCUGAAAAACCAAAGUAACAGCAACACCACGUUCAGCCUGGAGGCCCUCUGCGAUGGAGGCACUCGCUUGCAGGCUGCGACCACCUUCUUCUGUCUCCUGGUGCUGAAAAAACAAAAAGCCCUUCACCUGCACCAGAGAGCACCCUACGAGGACAUCAUCGCCACACCUGGACCCACGUUCUACGACUAG